GUUUUUCCGAAUUACAGGAUCGAAGAAGAUGAAGAGCUCUUCUGGUUGGAAGAUGCGACGAAAACCCUCAAUGACAAGCUUGCUCAAAUCACGAAUUCGGGAGUCGCGAACAAUAUCGUUUUCUUUUUGGGAGAUGGAAUGGGAGUUUCCACCGUAACGGCUGGGCGGAUAUACAAGGGACAGCGUCGGGGGGCCAGCGGAGAAGAGGCUGUGCUCGACUUCGAGAAGUUUCCAUUCACCGCGUUAUCAAAGACAUACUCCGUCGAUAAACAAACGCCGGACUCAGCGGCCACCGGAACCGCCUACCUGUGUGGCGUGAAAACGAACAACGGCGUAUUGGGGGUGACCGCUAAAGUCAAGAGAGGAGAUUGUGCCGCAGCCUCCCGGCGGGAGAAUCAAGUGGAGAGUCUCCUGGCUUGGGCUCAAGCCCACGGCAAAUGGACAGGUCUGGUCACCACGGACAGCGUGACAGGGGCCUCGGCCGCAGCUACUUAUGCGCAUUCCGCGGAUCGGACUUAUACUUCUUCUGUCCCUAACGGUUGUCAUGCUAAGGACAUCGCAGAGCAGUUGAUUCAUGGUGAUACGGGUUCACGUCUGAAAGUGAUUUUUGGCGGUGGAUUGUCUGAGUUUUUGCCCGAGAAGACCAGACCCAAAGAACAACGAAUGAUCGAAGGUGACGGAUUGCCGAUAAAUGCGCGCGGGAACCGGAAAGAUGGCCGGAAUUUGAUCGAAGAGUACCUACAAAGGCACACGGAAGAGGACACUCGGGCGGCUUUCGUGUGGACUAGAGACCAUCUGGAACAGUUAGAGGAUCCCCGAUACUCUGCUGACUUCCUUCUGGGUCUCUUCGCCCCUCAGAGACUCUCGUUCGCUCUCGACAAUCUCUACGGCAGCAACGACUCCCUUUCGAGCGAAGAGCCGUCGUUGGCGGAAAUGACUCUGGCGGCAAUCAAAGCUCUUUCAAAAGCGCCCCGUGGUUUCGUGUUGUUCAUCGAAGCGGGGAACAUCGAUCAAGCGCAUCACGAUAAUUUGGCCGCGCACGCUCUUGAAGAAGUUUAUCAAUUGGAUAAAGCCGUGCGCAUUUCAACGAAACUCCUGUCCCCGAAAAAUACGUUGUUCCUCGUUACCGCGGACCAUUCGCAUCCAUUCACUGUGAACGGAUACGCUGCGCGAGGGAAAAACGUUCUAGGGAAAACGGAGAAAAAUGGACACAAUAUACUCAGCUAUGCCUCGGGUCCCGGUGGGAGCGCUCCCGCGCGUAAAAUGAACAGAAAUCUCUACCCGUCGAUGGUCAACUUGACCACCGGAGUCCACAGCGCUGAAGAUGUUCCGGUGUUUGCUGUGGGACCUUGGGCUCAUUUGUUCACCGGGUCGGUUGAGCAGUCUUACCUUCCGCACGCGUUGAGCUACGCGGCUUGCAUCGGGCCGUACAGCCAUCGUUGUGCCAAGAACGACUUGCCUCAGAAGACUUCAGUCAACGUGAACUACAUCAAAGACAGGAUGGAACGGCCCACGGAGAAACCAUUCUUCACCGAAGUUCCAGUGCCACACCGAGUGAACAUACUGGCGCCUAACCAGAUCGAAUUCACGAAAGUACAGACAACGGCCCCAGUAACCACAGUGAGACCUACGGCGAAGUCGAGUUUCGGUACGACGUUCCCAGAUUCCGCGGUGACGCAUUCCCAGCGGUACGUCCAGGUGCCUCAUACGAGACCCAAGGAAUCGAGGAAAAAUCCGGUCAACGACGCCGGCGACGCGCACGAGCCGCACAGGGUAGCCUCGCAGGAGCGAUCGACGGCGAAAGAUUUCCGUAAGCAAAUCAGUCAGCGACGCAAAAAAGGAAAGAACGUGGUCGCAGCCUCGGAGAUCGAUGCCGAAAUAAUGCCGUCGAGCUUCAUCAACAUCAAGCCAGAAUCAAGGAUGGACGACGGGCCCAUUGAGGAGGUGCAGGAUGCUAGACCGGCAGCGAACACGCAGAAACAACGCAAGGUUGUCAGACUGUACGUUCCGAGGAACGGAAAGUUCUCGAAUGGAUUCGAGAAAAGAGCAGGAAUGAUGACAAAUUAUCAGAUACAAACCUCCGAAGAACGACCGAGUUGA